AUGAGAUCAUCACCUCAUGCUGCAAAUUUUGAAGUUGAUGGCUGCGUGUUUGAGUUUACAAAGAAAGGAGGAAAGAGGAGGGAUGUUCCUAAAGUGAGUUGUUGCCCCCUUGAGGAGCGGUGGGUGAUGGCUUUGGACUCUGUUGGUGGGGCAGCCAAGGAGUUCAUUUGCCACUUGUCUCUUUGUGUGAGAGCCCACUGGGCCAGAUGGUUUAGGGAUAAAGCAGUGGUUAUCAACAACAAUUCUGGGCUUAUAAGUCUUUCUAUUGUUGUUGAGGCAUCUGCUCAGAAUCACGCAAAGGAGCUGCAAGGAUCUUUUUCAUUGUUGAGGUGA